CCUAUAAUGUAUUGUUCAAAAACCGUACGGCACUUGUACAUUUUUUUGGGCGUCGGCGGUAUGUCAAUGGAAAUAAAAUACUCUUGUAGUUGUACAGGUUAUGUUGGGAAAUGAAGGUUUUUGAUUCAACCUCAGAAAUUCAAUACUACCCAUUAAGUAAGAAUAUUUCAGGUUUAGAGACAGAACAAGUAUUUGACACAAGAUAACGUUAAAAUGAUUUUUGGAAAACUGUAUUAUAUUUCUAUUUUUGAUUACCGGGUUAUGUUUGAGUGUUUGGUGUUAUCAAGAUAAAGAUGAAAUUUCAUGAAGAACUUAUGAUUAAACCACUUGCCAGUGGUCAUGUUUAUUCUUAUUUUCAGUUUACAACAUUAUGGAAUAAAUUUCAUCCUCACCAUAUUUUUGACCACUGCCACCCUCUUUCCCCCUCCACUGGGAGAGUUGAUUGAUAGGUUUAACGUCCGUGAACUCCACAUCAGCCUGACGGAGGGUUUAUGGAGGCAUGAGGGCUGGGGCUACCCUGUCCUUAGAUGCUCCACCAGGUGCUGAGCUGUGGGUCUGGUUCAAACCUGGUACUCAGAAUAUUGACAAGAACUGGAAAGAGUUAAAUGGAGCACUAUCUGGUCUUUUGUGUGCUUCCCUCAAUUUCAUCGAUUCAUCAAACAGCAUGAGCCCGGAGAUGAGUUUCAGGCCUAUGGGAAUAGAAGAUCCGGAGCAGCCUCUUAACUCCACACUGCUCCGUUACGGCACUCUGCCCAGGGAGAUUGUCUGCACGGAGAACCUGACUCCUUGGAAGAAACUGCUGCCGUGCGAUGCUAAAAGAGGCCUGGCCACACUGCUGAAUGCAGGAUACAUUCACAACACAAACUAUCAUUCACUGGGCGUCCACUUCAGAGGCACAUUUGCAUG